GAGCGCCGGGCGGGGAAGCAGCGGCGGAAGGGAAGCGGAGCGGAGCGGAGCGCCUCUCGCCCGGCGCCUCGGGCUCCCCUCGCCGCCGCCGCCGCCGCCGUCUCCGAGUGGAUGCGAACCGCGGGGCGAGCGCCAGUCCAAGAUGCUUCUAGUUUCCCCGCGGGUAGAAGCACCACGCAUGGAGCCGCACAUCACGUUACAGGGAUCCAUUAAGAGGAAAGUGGAAGAUGACGGUUCGCCGGCACCCAAUGCCAUGCCUGAUGUCAUCUUCCCAAGUGAGAGUAAGAGACUUUGUCUUGAUGACGUCACUCUUUCCAUGGGUCCUGGGACCAAUCCUGUUUCGUGUCCCGAUAUGCAAAGCUCUCCAUUCUCAGCCAAUCAUGGAACCUCCUCUAUGUCUGGACAUGGAAUGCUGCUUGAAAAUAACCACAUGAAUGGGAGUGGCAUUGGGUCUCCAUUUUCUGUACCUCCUAAUGCUGAAGUUGGGCAGAAGGGGCCCCUCGGGGGACAUUAUAGUGAAAAAGGGAGCCACAUGCAUGCUGUGGACCAGGAACUACAAGAUUUGUUGGAAGAGCUGACCAAGAUGCCUGAUCCCUCUCCAAAUGAGUUGGACCUUGAAAAAAUCUUAGGGAGCAAACCUGAAGAACCCAUCGGGAACCUUGCCCACCCACCAGCAGCCAUGAACAGCACUCCCAAGUCCUCUCCUCAGGCUACACCCUUGGACAACCAUCUACCCAACAAAGACUUUUCUCCUGGAUGCAACCCAAGUGGUGGGUCCCCGCAGAUGAGGCCACCAUCGACUGGAGCAAGCUACUCAGUUCCAUCUCAGAACAAGGCUGUUGCUUCACCUAUUUCUUCUGCCACACCCAACAAGGGCCAGGCUCAGGCCAUCCACAUGCCUGGGACUAAUUGGCAUGCCCAGCAAUUGAAGCACUUAGCCAGCAAGCAAGCCCCAACCUCCAAGCCCCAAGCCCCAAGCUGGCCAACCAUAUCUUCUCAAGGUCUUUCUCCUCCUUACAGGCAAGGGUCUUCUCCGCACCACCAGCCAUUCAGUCCCCAAAAUGUCAUGGUCUCCAGCAUGAGUUCUAAUGGCCUGCCAGGAAGCAACAUUCAGAGUCCACAAAACUCCCUGCUUUCAAGCAUCACGUCCAACAGUAAUCCACCUGGAGGUCUCUCUCCUCCUUUUGGGCCAGAGAAGCUUUCCAGUCCAGUCCUCAACCAGCAAUCUUUCAGCCCUCCAAACUCCAUCCUCCCCAACAUUUCAGCCAACAGCAUUAAGAGUUCUCCAAACCCUUUGGGGCCUCCGAAUACUGGACCUUCACCGUACAGGCCAGAGAAACUUUCCAGCCCAGCUUUGCACCAACAACCUUUUAGCCCUCAAAGUACCUUGAUUCCCAACACCACACCUACCAGCAACCCAACCAACAUGCAAAGUUCACUCUACAAACCGAUGUCAUCCACACAGUCCAAGAAUAUGAACAUAAUCAUGACACAGUCCUCCAACAGCGUGCAACCGGGGUUGGGGAGUGACGGGCCUGUUGCCCAAGACCAGUUUUCAUUCAGCAACACCAAGCCACUCUCCCAUUUCAAUUCAGAGCCCACCCCUGCCCAGAAGAUGUCACCGAUGGCUUCAAACCCGGGGCAGCAGUCCCUCAUGCAUUAUCUGCAGCAACAAGCUGCAACUUCUCCACAAUCCCAACAAGUCAACAACAACCAGCUUCUUCAGCAGCAGCUGCGGCAAUUGAUGCAGCCUUCUCGGAUGCAGCGGCACGUCCAGCCAUCUCCACUGUCAUCGCAAGUGCGGCAGGACCAGGCCCCUGGCAUCGCCGCUCGACUGCAGGAGCCAGGAGUCCCCUCCAGCCCGGGUUCAGUGCCUGCCCAGGCCCCACCCCUGGUGAAUGACUACACCCUGAGGAACCAGCUCCUGAAGCAGCAGAUUAUGAGACGGCGGCAACAGCAGCAGCAGCAGCAACAGCAGCAGCAGCAGCAGCUUCAGGAAAAGCAGAGGCAUGGCAUGAUGAGUGUGGCAUCUGAACAAAGGGGUCCCUUUGUGGGCCAACAGAUGAACCAGUUUCCCGCAGUUUCCCAGUCCAUGCCAACUGACUGCAGCCAGUCCAUGCAACCCUCUGGCUCAAACCACCGCAUGAUACCUCCUGCCCAAGGAAUCCUGCAGAACACCUUGGCCUCCGGCAUUGGGCCAGCUGCUGUGAACCAGAACAGUGGAGCUAUGGUGAUGAUCCCGCAUAAUCCCAACAAGCAGCCAGCCAUCUUCCCCCCGAAUUCCGAUUUCAACCUCCCGCUCCGAGCAAGCCAAAACUCGCUGGGCAUGACUUCAGGAUGCCAAACCGUUCACAGCCAUCCUGUGGCUCGGCCAGGCAUGGCUUUGCCCAGCUUUGCUGCUGGUGCGUUAGUUACACAUUCUUCUGCCCAGCAGCACUUGAGGCAGCAGGCCAUGACGAGAAUGCCCGCCAUCUAUUCCAAUUCCUCUGCUCCGAUGUGGACACCAACAGUGGUCCCGAGGAUGCCAAAUCAAAGUCCGAUAGAAGCCAGCAUGCACCAAUUCUCUGAUAAUCCUGUCUUCUCCAAACAGAACAUCAGGUCAAGUCUCCCUGGCCAACCAUUUACUCACCAAGCUGGGCCUCCUCCCAACCAGAUCGUUCCUGGGGUGCAGGCCAGACAGAUACAGAAAGUCAACCUUGGACCUUCUAACCAAAGCUUAAUCCCUCUCAAUAAUCAGAACCUGAGACAUGGUUUAAGCAGAGGACCUUUGCCAGCUGCCAUGAAUGUUAUGAAAUCAAUGCCCCAAGGGGUCUCUGGGUUUAGCCAGCUCAGCGCUGCUCCAGCAGUUGGGCCACCCAGUUAUCCAGGCUCAGCUGGGCAGUCCUCCGUAACGUUCAACAGAAUGAACGUUGCUUUGGAGUUGUCACCGCAGUACGACUUUGUAACUCAGCAAAACAACGCCAUGUUACCCGGGACGUGCAGCGAAGCUGACUUUAUUGACUCUUUGAUGAAGAACAGCAGCGGCACUGAUGAAGACUGGCUAAAUAAUUUGACAUUGAUAGAUGACAUUUUGGGGCAGCACGUUCAGAGUGCUGGACAUGUGUGAUUCUAGAGAGGAAUGAAAGGAGGUGUAAAUAAUCUGCAGGACCUGAAAUGGAACCCUAUAAAAAAUUAGCAACAACAUUUUACAUCUCCUUCUUUCAGAGUCGAAAGAAAGGAUGAGGACGCCCACUUCAUUUGCUUUCCUCCAGGGAUUUUUCAAAUGGCUGUGUACAUAUUUGAAUAUUUUGUAAAUUAUGUUUUCCUAAACAUUAAAUAUGGAAGUAUUUAUACUUCUUUGCUGGACUUUGUAAAUACCUUAUAGAUUACUUUUUUUUUCUUAUAUUAUAGGAAUUACACUUUGUUCUAAAUAUGCAAAUAUUAUUGUUAGUUUCAGUAAUACUGUGUAUUACAGCAUCGAAUAUUUUAUGUUUUUGACAUAACGUAUGGAUGAGGGGUGCCCUGGAAAACAGAAUAAACAGAAAGAAAAAUUUGCAGCAAUUCCUACCUCCCUGCUUCUUCUAGUGCAAAUUGUACAAACCUCCGUUUUGAUCAGCGGCCAAAAAGCUUUGCAAAGCAGCUCAUUGGGACAAGCUCCUACAUGAAAGAAAGAGAAGAUCGUUGUUCUUUUUCCAUCAGGGCUUUCCUCACACAGUGAGGAUCUUCUCACUGCAUCAUUUCAAUGGGGACAGGCAAAUCUGGGGUGGGGUGCAGGCGCUGUGCACAUUUGGAACACGAUCCUUUGGGUCUGCUGUGGUCUGUGCGAAAAACAAGUAAACGUACGGUAAGAGUAUUCUCCCAGAAGACCUGACCUGCUCCAAACUACAGAUAGUCCUUGCUUAACAAUCACAAUUGGGACUGGAAUUUUGGUUGCUAAGUGAAGCAGUCAUUAAGUGAAUCCGACCUGUUUUUACCAUCUUUUUGUGGUGGUCGUUAAGCGAAUCACUGUGGGCGUUAAACAAGCCAUGUGGUCGUUAAGCAAAUCACAUGGUUCCCCACUGAUUUUGCUUGCCAGAAGCUGGCCAGGAAGGCCAAAAAUGGUAAUCACAUAACCAUGGGACACUGCGAUGGCCAUAAAUGGAAACCGGUUGCCAAAUGCCCAAAUCGUGAUCUUAUGACUGCGGGGACAUUGCAACGGUCAUUAGUGUGAGGGCCAGUCAUCAGUUGUUUUUUUCCAGCACCGUUGUAAGUCUGAACCAUCACUAAAUGAGUGGUUGUUAAGUGAGGAUUACCUGUAGCUGAUCCUGGUAAUUGUAAAAAAUCAAUUUCACAAAAAGCAAACUUCUGAGGUAGUUCCACGCUCCCCUCUAGUUUUCUCAGUUUGUCCUGUUUUGUGCGCCUCCCAGACAGUAGGCGCAUGAAAACAAGGCCACCUACAUUUUUGUUUUCUAACAGUUCCUAUGUAGUGGUGCCUCUAAAUAAAUAUACCAGUGCUUUGCAGCUUCCCCUUUAAUUGCUUGGAAAUUUUUUUUAAAAAAAACUAUUGAAAUAUUAGGAGUCCCAAGGCAGGAGGCUGAACACAUUUGAGUCCCUGGAGUCUGCACAGCCUCUCCUUGGAGUGCAACCUCAAGCCGUGCACUUCAUGUGCGAACAAGCCCCACAGAGGAUGUCUGAAAGGGGCGCAAAGCUGGGCAGGGCUCUGGAGCCGAGCCCAGGAUGUUAAUCCCAGGUAGCUCCGUCCUUCCCGAAUGCUGCAGCGUCUGUCAAUGGCAGAAACGCUGAUGUUCACCUGCAAGGCACCCCAUUGAGAGUAACCAAGCCAUGCCACUGUGGCUACGUGAAGCUGCCCCUGGAGAAAUCAGGGGCUGGUCUUGAGAAAGGGUUAGAAUGCCAAGGCUAGUUUGCAAAAUGAUCUAUGCCAGAAGGAUGCCCAGCUCUAAAAACAGAGGUCUUUCUGAUUUGCCCACCUCAACCAUGUAUAUUUGUAGAAUACAGAUGCUUUGUUCUUGGUUCUAAAUGAUUUUUUUUUUUUUUUGGCAUUCUGUUUUUAAUAUAAGGAUUGCCCCCCCCCACCUCCCGGCAUAAAAAUGUCUAUAAAAACACAAAAUAGCUUAACUUUGGAUGUUUUUUCUGUCAUGUAUAUUUAAGAGUCUGUUUAUCAAAGAGAUCCAUUGUACUGUACGCUUCUUCAAAAAAUGUUCCUACUUUGUGUAACCAUAUUUUAAUAGCCACAUCCUCCUCCUCCAUUUGUAAAAUAGCAUUUGUGUCAGACACACCAAACUGUUUUUUCCUUCAUACCAUAAUAAACUGCCAGGGAAAAAAUUGCA